AUGGCUGGGCGCCCCCACCUCCGGCCCCUUGGAGCUGCCCGUGCUCUGGGCGCCUCCCUUGGCUUCUGGGGUUCUGACACUGGCUCUCCGGGCAUUCCCUUUGAGACCUCCGGCUGCAGGGUCCCCGUCCCUCCGAGCUGGGACAUCCCCAGGGCUCUUCGGACUCAGAAACCUGGUUCCAAGGCCCACGGGCCCUCCAUUCAGACCUGGGGACUGGAACUCGAGCCCCCGCCCGGGCCAAGUCCUGGACGCCACGGGAGGCGGCCUCUGGCCCCCGGCCUCCCCCAGGCCCACCCUGAGAAACGCACGGGGAAUCCCCGCCACCAGCUCGGGCCCAGCUCGGGCGAAGGUCUAGGGCAGCUCCGGCCCCUCCUCCUCCUCCAUUCGGCCUCCCAGGGCAGGGCCGCAGGCUCGGCCUCUAGGCGAGGACUUCCCCGUCCUGCCGAGCAGCAGCCCCCAGCCCGGGGCCAGGUGUCCGUCUGCGGACUGACCAGAGCUGCCCGUGACAGGACCGAGCCGAACCCUCGUACCCCUCGUCUCCCCCACACCCAGCGGGUGCCUGUUUGGGGGGGGGGGGCGGAUGGCGGGAAGCGUGACAUCAGCGCGUCCCACCUGGGCCGCCGGGGAGAGCCAGGGGGCCGUAUCUGCUUUGAGCAGGAGCCAGGGAGGGCCCGGGAGCAUCCCCAGCCGAGGGCUCGGGGUUAUCUCUUGGCCCAAUCGUCCCUGCCACCCCCGCGCUCCCUGCUUCUGGGAGAUAGGCCCGACCGUGCGCUGGGGGCCCCUUUCCCGGGAAGGAGCCCCGGCUGCUGCCCUCCCGCAGGCCCCGCCAUCCCACUCCCCGCGGAGAAGGGGGCGCGGCCUGCGCUGCCUGACCUCCCAGCUCCCCCGAGGCCCCGCCGCUGCCCCCGCUCCGCAAGGGGCCAGUGCCCUCCCCUGGGCCCGGGCCAGGAGCUGAUGACGACCGUCUCCCAUCCUCGAAUGGCCCCUGGGGACCGUUAG